CUUUUUCUUUCAUUCUCUUUUUAUAUAAGAAAAUGAAAAUGCCUUUACCCUAACUAUAUCUCAAAAUAUUAUGUCGUAUGUUAAGGAUAUAAUACUGCAGUAAAAGUGUUUUUCAUUGAAACAUAAAUACGUGACGAGUUAUAUAUUUUUUCGUAUCUGGAAUGUAUACCUAAGAUAUGACGGAUCCGCCACCGAAUCCUAUCCGUCGAACUAGCUCGGUUCCGUUCCCAGACCGGCUGAAUUCUUCGCGACAGCCUUCGUUGCAGCAAUUCGCUGAUGAUGCGCGGCAUGUUCUGCAUCAAGAUCGGGAUCGCGUUUACUUCGUAGCCGAACCCGAGGAGCUUCGUUCAUAUGAACCUGUUGGGGAUGGUCGACAUGGACACGUGCCAGUCUUAUUGCCAGUUGGACGGGUAGGAACAGGAUACGCUCGUUCGCAGUAUGCCUAUUCUCAAUCAAUGCCGAGGGACCCGGCCGCAUCAUCUGAAUUUGCUUGGACUGGUCGAGAUACGCGUGGGCGUCGUCCAACUAAGGAUUCCUCUAUCUCAGAUCAUAACCGGUCCUACGAUCCCAAUAGGAGUGAAAGAGUGAGGGUUAGGUUCGUGGAUCCGUCAGACCGGACGCGCCGCACAUAUUCUCGUUCUUCAUCACGGUCAUUUAGUCCCCCAAGCAGGUCAUAUUCAGGUUCAGAUUCGGAUCCCGGUUCAUAUCCUAGGCAUAAACCUUAUCCCAGCCUUCGGAAUUCAUAUACGAGGGAUCCUGACUCGGAAUUGGACACAGAAGAAGAAGUAGAAGAAGGGUUCGACGAGCUUAUAGGUGGUAAAGUAUUCCAGUUUGUCCCAUCACGAGCCUCGAGGACGCUAGCAAAAAGUGGCCAUAGUACAGAAAGCGACACUUCUCUAGAGAGACCCGAAGAUGGGUUCUCUGGUGCGAGGGGCGAUCCGAAUUUCCCCGGAUCUAGUGAUGUUCUUCACGUAUUUCAAUCUCAAUAUACUGGAGACGCGGUUUCGGACGGAACACAUACUGCAAAGUUGACUGUGAUACACGAUCCUAAGAAGCAACGGCAACCACUUUUCAGAUGGGUACACCUAGAACAGCGCAUGAUGAACCUUGACGAGCUUUCUACCGAAAUUGCACGGAUCCCCGCCAUUACGGAUUCAGAGCGCAACGGAUUUGCAAAACUCCUCGCCGAGGUAAAGAAAACCUCGGUCAAAGUGAGGCCAACAGCGAAGGGGAAUAAUGUGCGACACAUGGACCCGAAGCCUAUUCGCGUGGCCAUUCCUCCCGAUGGGCGUACAAAAGGCCAAGCUUCAAGGUUUGUGACUUGGCUAUGCGUGCCGUACUUUUCGCUCGAGAAGUAUUCGGGACUAUUAUCGGCUAGCACAGCUUCCUCUUUCCCAAUAGAAACUCUACUUCAAUCAGAUUACGCUCGCACUACGCAGGAGCGUGACAUGCAGCAGGCUGUCUGCAAGAAUGGCGAAGUCCCCGAUGGCUACUGCUUCCAUAUUGCGCAGCUGUGGUGCAUCGUGCUAGAUAACACUCUGCUUAUCACAUGCGGUAGGAUGUCAGGCUCGACUUUACGGGGUGACCUUGUACGUAUAGUCAAUGAACCCCUUAAAGAUUCUAUUGGUAAAGGGAAGAAAGUCUAUAUUUCCUAUUACGACACUGUUCUCUGGGAGCUCCCAUUAGAGUCCUGCCUCACUUGGUUUGACUUCUCGAUACACUUCCGCGAGUUCUGGCCCCAGGCGAUAAGGAUCUAUCACCAUGGUCGUGUACUAACAGAGACUGACUGGCCCCGUAUCGUGAACUUGGUGAGAAAUGUCAACAUUAGAGUUAUUCUUGACCUUCGCCUAUGGAUACACCCGUCUCCUCCGGCUGUUGGUGUUUUGAAAUCACUUGAUAAAGAAACCGAAUGUACCGAAGAUGGCGAAUUGGCUAGGAAUGGUAAAGCCAAAAACACAAAAGUCCAACCAGUCCACAAAGACGAUGGUAAAUUCCAUGUAUUCUCAUGGCUGGAGAUUGGUGAAAAUGAGGGCGAUGGUAUUAUGCCAUAUAAUGUCGAACAACUGACUACAAGUCUCCGAGAGAUAGAAGAAUACCUAAUUACAUCUACGGGUAUGCGAGAUCGUAGCGCAUAUCGCAACUGUGAAAUAUCUUCGCGGCGCUCUGUUCAUGCCUACCUCAGUCAAGGAUCGGGCAUCGAAAAGGCCGAAGAAUUGGAUUGGCAGAAGAACGAAUACGAAAAAAGAGUCGAUCUCUAUAACGCGGCAGAUAUCAUCUUUGAUUUCUUUCUACCACAAUAUGUGGAUGAAAGCACACCGACAAUAGGGAAAUUCUGGGGCGCUAUUGACAGCCUAGUCCAGAACACCGAUCAGGACCCGAAUAAUGAAAGCCGAAAAUCAUCACGACGGCAUGCUAUCAAGGCAUAUAAGGCAUAUACUAAUAUGAUCCCACUCAGAAGUGCUCUUAGAGGACUAACGAGAGGGAUACAAUCAUUUCGGGAUAUUCUAUCUCACAUGUCGACUUCUAUGAGGAGUAAGGUAGAGAUACCCGAUAGUCUCGUCCGUGCUUGGUUACAUCUAGUCAUGGCACUGAUUCAGGCAUCACAAAACGAAGAAGCUUGGAACGAAAACAUGAAUGUCUCAGAGGCUUUGAUACGAAGAGGAAUGAACCAAAUUAUGGACGAAUUACCUACGGAAGACCUGCUCUCCAGUUCCGUCCUCCAACCGAUGGAGCUCGUCACAUUAAUCAGCUCGAAUCUACUCAAAGACUCUACAGGGAAGUAUUCGAGUAUCAAUGAUACAUAUUCCGAUUAUUUGAAAGGUCUAGAAAACGAAAUUACUGCCAACAACUCCGAUCGGUCGCAUCAGUUCCGCAUCACUCUUUUCAGACAAGAAGUCGCCGUGAUUCGCCGAGUGAUCGCAUCGCAGUUGAACGUUGUCGACGGCAUGACUGUGCCUCAGAGACCAAGUUGGGGCGACCAAACCCGCAGGGAGAGGAAGAUGCUAGAGGAGGCGCGCGAGAAAUUAAAGCCCGAGGCUGCGAGGAUUCGAUCGGGAUCCUCUGAAAAGCAAGGUGCAACAUACGUGGACAAGCUCGACGGGUACGAUAGUUAUAACCAUUAUUACAAUAGCUACCCUAGAAGCGUAUUGGAUCCCCCUGGCGCUCACUUCAUGCCAGUCAGACACCCUGACACCUUCUCCAAGCUGACAUCUACCGACCCUGGCGGUUUCAGGGAGCUCCUCGGUCGCGAGUGCAAGUCCUGGUUGGAGCGUAGGAAUAUGGAAUUCUUGGAGCUCGAGGUCGAAGCAUCACGGCUCGAGAUGAUGAAUGCCAACAAAAUCGAAGUGACUAAGGAUCGACAGGAAGCAGCGGUCUACGCCUUCACCAUGGUCACCAUUAUAUUUUUGCCACUCAGCACUAUCAGCUCCAUCUUCGGGAUGAAUUCCAGUGACGUGCGUGACAUGGAGCUCGGGCAGUGGGCGUAUUGGGCGGCUGCCUUACCUACGACCAUCGCCGUCAUCAUCAUAGGUCUAUGGUGGAUGGGCGAAUUACAUAACUUAGUCGACUGGGUGAGAGGGCUCCCCUCUAGGUCGACGUCGAGCAGGAGCCAUGCACGAGUGUCGCGCCCAGCUGCAAACGGCGUCAUAUAUUACCCCCAAGGGGAGUAUCCUGGGAGAGACCCGCAGCAGGUGAUGAGACCAUAUAGCCGGGCGGCGCUGGGCCCGCCGGUGCCGCGAACGUCAUGGCGGUACUAAAAGGGUAGUACCUACAAUAUCAUAGCAGCUUGGAUAAGCUGAUAGCUAGGAUAGGAUAGGUCGGAUAGGAGGUAAGUAAGCUUGGAUCCGUUUUUCUCCAGUCUUGGAAGAUUCUCCUAUCUAGAUCGGAUCCGGAAAUG